CAGCCGUCUCGCAAGACUGAGUGUGGGAUCACCAAGAAUAGUGACAAUUUCGGUGCACGGAACGUGGUAACCCCGCUUCAACUCACAGGGUGGAUUGAUGAUCAGGAAGAGCAAACCGUCGAAUUAAGUGGAUGAGACGAGAACAGACUAGGACCACGGAAACGGAUGUUUGUCGACCGCUGCGGAGCCCUCGGAAGCUAUACGAAAUCGGGAACCUGCCGUGAUGCUUCUUGUACGGCUGAGUUAGUUUUUAAUAGUAGUGAUACGGGAGUGGCUUCGGAAUCUUGGGUUUCUAGGAGAGAUACGAACGCUGAUCGGAUAAUUGAGGCGCUCGAUAAACAUACAGGGGAAAACUGUCACGAUGUCAUCGCACGUCCUGGAGGCGUUUCGGAGUUGAAGAGAGCGAGGACAGUUACCGUGGAAUCAAGGGGAGAGCAGGGGGAAAGUGGACUGGCUGAGAACAAGGCUAGAAGCCUCGACCCUCAUUUUCAUCUCCUUCGUCGUCCAUUUGUCGGCAAACUUUCUCGUGCCGUCUUUUGUGCAGCGUGCUUUCCUGCCCAUCCUGGUCAACAUUCCGCUGACUCAUUGGAUGCGGCUGACAUUGGGUUUCCAGCCAAUGGAAAUAGCUCCAGCUGGUCUAACUGGGAACAAUAA